CUACUCACGAUUAGACUCCGGCUUUCUGAUUCGCCGAUGACCACUGCUUGGCAAUAUUUGCAACAUCUCAUCGACCUUAAACAAUCGUUGCUGCAACUCGGCACUAAAGCUCAAUACUUGGGGGGUGGAUGCUGUCAGCAUAAAGCGGGAAAGAGAUCAGCUUUUCGAGAGUCCAUAAAUUGCAAGUGGUAGAAUUUUGCGAUGAAAGCAAAAAGUGGGUAUCUGGUAUACGAUCGCUACAUCGCUUUCCAAAUGUGAUUCCUCUCGGUAUUCUCACCUAAUUUUUAGCCCCCACCGAUCUUCCAGAUGCGAAUAUUCUCCGAACACAAAUCUACAUGCACAUCCGGUUCGAAGUGUAUAAGAUCGUACUUCGUCCCAACUUCCGCACGCCCAUCAUUUUUCCUUUAAACCCUUUUGUUUUUGCCAGCCCUGUCAGACUUCAUGACCCACCACGCUCUCGUGUUCGGCGCUUCAGGUAUCCUGGGCUGGGCCGCAGUGAAUGAAAUCCUCAGCAGCUAUCCGCAGAAGGGCACGUACUCCAGAGUGACGGCAAUCACCAACAGACCCCUAAGUUUCGAGGAUUCAUUGUGGCCAACUCCGGGACCGGAAACACCUGCUUUGAACCUCAUUUGCGGAAUCGAUCUUUUGAAUACCAAUGCAGAUGAUCUGAAGCAGACUCUUAAAGAAAAGGCCCCAGACAUUGAGACAGUCGAUCAUGUCUUCUACUUCGCAUACAAAUUUGAUCCCGACUUUUCUACUGAAGCUGCCAUGAACCUUUCUAUGGUUCAACACAGCUUUGACGCUCUGGAGUCGCUUGCUUUGAACUUACGCUACGUUGUCUUUCCCACAGGAACAAAGGGCUACGGAAUUCAUCUUCCUUCUCGCCCAUACAAGGCACCUUUUGUCGAAACCAUGAACACACUCCCAGAACCCGCACGCAGCGAGCUUUUUUACUACGUGAUCCGCGACGAACUGACGCAGCGCCAAAAAGGCAAAGCCUGGAAAUGGGCUGAAGUGCGCUGCGACAUGAUUGUCGGCUUUGUCCCACAUUCCAGUCCCUAUAACCUCGUUGGCACAUAUGGAAACUUCCUCUCCCUCUAUCGCUUCAUGCAUGAGAAGGGGCACCCUGACGCGCUCUCUCCGCGCGUGCCAUAUCCAUCUCCUGGCCCUUCUUUUCGCGUCCUCAACAAUGAAGGCAACCAGCGCGUUUUCGCGCACUUCAGCAUCCACUUAUGCCUGAAUCCUCAGCGCUCAGGCAAUGGCGAGCUCUACAAUAUCGGUGGUGAGACUGUUCCAGUAUCAUACGGAGAUCGCUGGCGCGACAUUGUGGCCAACUUUGGACUCGAAGGGGUAGAUCCCGUGGACAAAGAAGAUGCAAGAUACCUAGGUGGUGCAGUUGGAUUUGUUAGAAGCCAUGGAGACAUGGUGGAGAAGUUAAGAAGGGAGAAAGGAGUCGAUCUGCAAGUGAUAACCUUUGAGGAUGGUUUUGACAUGUGGAUGGAAGUGUUUGAUUUUGAUCAUCAUCUUGCGCUGGAAAAAACAAGGAGUGUGGGAUUCAAAAAGGAAGAGGCGUCAAAGGACAUCUGGAAGUGGGUUUUGGGUAUUUACGCUCGUGCUGGAAAGCAAUAUCUAGGCGACGGUGGGAAGGAGACAAAGUGGACAUCAAGAAUUUAGUUUUUAAACUGGGCCAAAGACUAUCCACCACAGUUGCUCAUCCGAUUUGGAUUCAUAUCCCAAGUCCCAACUACAAAGUACCCAAGUCCCUUAGAAGAAUUCCCAGCGCCCUCGACUGAAUCGACAGAUCUCCAAAACCUGUCAUGCGGCCCCCUGGAUCCGGUCAAGGGCUCAGCAUUCCGGGUAUUCAGCGCGAACAACCAAGAGUCGGGCACCAUGAACUCAAGGUGCAGAUUCCUCGAACGGAUAAUAUCGUCAACUACACUAAACCAAGCAGCCUCAAUCCUGGGGGAAACAACCCCAUAACCCUCAUAAUACCAUGUUUCAAGAUGGACCCUCAAUCUGCGUAGCCGCGGAAGAAGCAUC